AUGUCAGCACUAUCCAAAAAUCUCGACUCAGAGAGUCCCACCACUUCCCAAGCUGUUGAAACUCCUAACAUUGAUCUCAAAGAGCUAAAGCAAUGGCUAACCAAAUCGAAUUGUCAAAACUAUUAUACCAAGUUUGUGGAGCAAGGGGUUACAUACGAGCUUGUUCCAGAGCUUGACACAAACGCCCUCAAAGAGCUUGGGGUUACAAAAGUGGGAGAUCGGUUGAAACUCGAAAUAGCCGUCUCCAAUCUUAAGGCAGAGAAAUUGAAGAAGCUUAUCUCCAUUGACGAACUCUAUAACAGCUUGAACCUUUAUACGCUUGCCUCACCUACUUAUAGACCUAAGAAUAAGAACUCCAACAAAAACAUCACUUUCAUAUUAGCGGAUGGAUCUUUAAAGAAGGUGAAUGUCACAGGAUGCUUCAAUGCCCAGUCCAUCAAACGUAAAGUGUUGAGAAAGUUGGGUAUAAAACUGCAAGAGAACAAAUAUGACACGUACAUUCAAAAUUCUAAUUCAAUUGAUGCAGUUAGCUUGUUAUAUGACGUGGAACUUGUCACGAUAUGUUAUUCUCCCGAACGACUCGAAAAGCAUCGGGUAAUGUUAUGUGAAAAGGGCCAGUAUCCUACCAGUACUCAAGUGGAAGUGAGUGCAAAAAUAAUGGCUAAAUACGAAAGGUUUAAUAAAGCCAAGUCUAUAAAUACUCAACAAGAACCGGCCAUUAACCAGCCACCGACAUUGAGACAAGUAUUUGGCCAAAGACCUCCAAGUGAGUUGAUUUCUUCUAAUUUGGCAGAAUAUUUCCCGGAAGCCCAUCAUAAAGAGUUGGAACAAAGUAUCAGAAACAGUGUGAGGUAUAGUGUGAGAUUUUCACGAAGACUACCAUACAAUGGUUUAGGAUUGGGAAGCAACCUUUCUGUUAAUUCCAGAAGAACUAUUGGUGAAAUGAUGGUGAAUCACGUGAAUUCAAUUGAGGAAGUGGUGAACCCCGGGGAUAACUACUCGAUAUUCAGCAAACCGUCUAUUAACUCUGAUAAAUCUAAUUUGAGCGGAAGUCAAUCACCUUAUGGGGGGGAUCUGAAGUAUCACACCACUGCUUCAUCCAAUAAGGCUAGAUUAUCGAUAGCAGCUAACUUUGUUGACCAAUCUAACGACAACAAUCGAUAUUCAAGGAUUGAACUAUUGAAUGUGGAUUCGGACGAUGAGGAUUACGACGACUAUUUUGAUGAUGAACCAAGUCCAUUCUUGGAGGAAGAUGGACCUAAAAACUGGUUGAAAGGUGCAAGGAUUGGGUCCGGCAGUUUUGGAACUGUGUAUUUGGGAAUGUCGCCAUUCACAGGAGAAUUGAUGGCUGUCAAACAAGUUAGCUUGAACAAUUCACAACCAGAACUGCAAAACUUAAUGGUCGAAGCCUUGCAACAUGAAAUGUUGUUGUUAAAGAAUUUAAACCACAAAAAUAUUGUCAGAUACUUGGGGUCUUCAAUAUCUGAAGAACACUUGAAUAUUUUCCUAGAAUACGUCCCCGGGGGAUCUGUGCAAUCGAUGUUGAUGUCGUACGGACCAUUCGAGGAACCUUUGAUACGGAAUUUUAUCCGCCAAGUCUUGAUUGGGUUGACCUACCUCCAUGGAGAAGACAUUAUUCACCGUGAUAUAAAAGGAGCGAACAUUUUGAUUGAUAUUAAAGGGACGGUCAAGAUAAGUGAUUUCGGGAUUUCCAAGAAGAUAACUAACAAGAGUGAUGACAGCAAUGAGCCGGAUAAAAAAACUAGCCGAAGAGCAUCGCUACAAGGAUCUGUUUAUUGGAUGGCACCAGAAGUAGUCAAGCAAACGGCUUAUACCAAAAAAGCUGACAUUUGGUCUGUCGGAUGUCUUAUUGUGGAAAUGUUUACUGGUAAGCAUCCUUUUCCUAACUUCACGCAAAUGCAAGCUAUCUUCAAGAUUGGUACCCAUGUCAGCCCUGUAAUUCCUGAAUGGUGUACUCCAGAAGCCAAAGAAUUUUUGACCAAAACUUUUGAAUUGGAAUACGAAAAUCGCCCAGACGCCAUAGAUUUACUCUCCAAGCUGUUUUUAAACCCCUUGAUCAUAUCCAAACAGUAAUAUUAUAUAUUGUAUCUCUAGAUAUAAGGUAUAUAUUUACGAUCCUCUUGCUAGUAUGAUUGGUUGCGAAAAAUAAGGUUGGAUUAAUCAACACCCGCAUUUUGUUUGAGAAGGAAAAAAA